GGGACCAGACAGACCUGAACAGUAAAGCCCAUGACAGACAGUAAGCGGUUAAGAAACUAUUAACGCGAAAACGACACAAAGAGUUCUUGAAAAGCGCUGAUAAUUCAUGAAGUCACAGCAGGAGUCGCACGUGUUCACUAUACAUACCUGUCACUUUUCCUUGGUCACAUUACGAGUAUUUAGAAGUUUACCGCGCCUUCCUCCUCUCCACCGCUACAUUUCCGUUGACUUACACAAGUUAAGUGUCUCGGCUCCUUCCCAUGAUGAUAAAUAAAGAUCGUUUUAUUUCACCACUUUUUUUCCAGUUGUCAAGGAUGGGAGCACACAGACUGAAAGAUCUCGGCCAGCAAUAGGUUAUAAGCGCCGUUUUGAAAGGAGAUGUGUCAUGUUCAUAAAAAUAAUUCAGACGUUUGCUUAUAUAGCGUUUUAUCUAUGAACUGGUCACAACAUUAUGCGCUUAAAUAUAUUGCAUUUGACAAGCGCUGGUUUUAUGAAAUGGAUACCCGCUUAUCAACAUCCACAAACAAAAUAUUCACAAUCUUUCAGCGGUAUGUUGGUCUUGGCUUGGGUGACUCCACUCGUGCUCCUGUGCAGCGUGGUCACCAGAGCGGGGGCGGCGGGCCUGGGCAUGGGAGUGCUACUGCAUCCAAGUGGUGGGUGGGAGGAGGACGUUGCACAAGCGGCGAUCCAAGUAGUGCAGCGCUACCUGACUGGGUGUUACCUGGUGCUGGCCGCCCCUAGCCCCUCUCGUGCCUUGCCUCACCUCAUCAGGCGUCUCUCUAAGGUGGGCGAGCUGGUCAUGUUCCUGCAGCCUUGCGGGGACGCCAAGCUGCUCCACGGAAACACCAAAAAAAAGGUCUUCCCGGGGACCGAUGAAGUGCCGUACUUUUGGCGCGAGGUGUGGGGGUCCAGUAAGGCCACGUGUCGCACCUUUCUGCUUGACCUUACGACUUGUGGCACCGACACAGCCGACAGGGUGUUGUCGUGGACGGGACUGUUUCUACAGCCGAGGACUCGAGUGAUUGUGAUCGGCGGCGAGCAGGACGUCGAGCAGCUCUUCCAGCUCUCGGGUCUUCGCAAUUCUCUCUACGUGGUCUACAUCACUCGCAGCCUUUCUACACUGAACGCCGGAACUAAAUCGACAAAAGAUAUGCUCAAAACUGGUGGGGUCCGCGCCAUGAAGGCAUAUCAUCGCUGCCUCUACUGCACGGAGCAGGAAGCCAAACCACGCUUGCUUCUCCGAUGGAGUUUGCAAGACGGCAUACCUGACGGUUUUGAAAUGUUUGGAGGUCAAGCUGAAUUGUUCAUGGGACGCAAGAUGAACAUUGUGUCGUUGUCAUAUUAUCCAUACAUCAAGUACAAAGUGGUCCAGAAAGGUUCCAGCACCAAGCUUCAGUUCGAGGACUCUCUUAACACUCGCAUGCUCACUGCCCUUGCUCCUAAACUGAACUUCACGUAUAUAUUACGAGAACCCACGGACAAGUUAUGGGGAGCGGCGGCCGGCGGCGGUAACUGGACAGGCGUGGUGGGCACUCUGCAGCACGAGAUGGCAGACCUUUCCAUGGAUCUGACACUGACGCCCGGAAGAGCAGAGGUGGUGGAGUUCUCAAUGGCGUAUAUUGACGAGUCCCUUGUGAUUCUGUCGUCCAAGCCAAAACCCUUGCCUGAGUACCUGUCGGUGGUCAGACCUCUUGAAGGCGAGGUGUGGGGAGCUAUCGUGGUGUGCGUGAUGGUGUGGGGAACAGUCCUGUGGGUGAUGGAGAGACUGUCGCACUGGAUAAGUGGACGGCGCUACUUAAGCCUCACGUCCUCAAUCUUCUACGGCUGGGGGCUGCUGCUGGAGGACCACCCCUUCGAGCCCCCUCCCAGCCCGCCGAGCCAAAUGCUUGUUGGCUGGUGGUUGCUCGUGUACCUCAUCUUAUCGACAGCCUACAGAAGCUCACUCAUCUCUCACUUGGUGGUGGAGAGCAAGUCCUCGGUCGUCAACAGCAUGGAAGAGCUGGCGGAGCGGGGUGUGACGCAGGGGUGGGUGUGGGGCGUACCUGGAGCUCCGAUGACUGGUGCUUUUAGACCGUACUUUGCCUCCAGCCCCAAUCCGGCAGUACUCAAAGUAUACGAGCACAUUAAGAUCAUCGAGAAAGAAGAAGGAAUGAUGAGAGUUUUGGAGGGCAACUUCGCGUACAUCGAUAACUAUUACUUCAUCAAAACACUGGUGUCCACGUACUACACAGACAGGACAGGCUACACUCCUGUCCACAUCAGCACCGCCCGCUACCCGCUGUACGGCGGCAACGCGUGGGCAUUCCGCAAGGGGGCGCCUUUCCGAGCACGCAUCAACGACGGCAUCCAGCGCUUCUUGGACGCGGGGCUGGUGGCGCUGUGGAUGGACGAAGUCAUCAUCAACCACGUGAAGGAGGAGCGCCAGGCUUUGCAGGAGCGAGGCGAUGGACCGCAACUUGCUCUCGUCAAGGCCAGUGACGAGCAGGUGGUCCUCGGCCUCAGUCACCUGCAGGGCACAUUCUACACUCUCAUCCUGGGACACACUCUGGCUUCCCUUUCCUUCUUCUCUGAGGUUGUACUGAGGCGCCGCUGAUGACAACACAGACUGCUGGCGAGCAUUCACCAUGCAGGACAGUGAACAGAAUGUGUUUGUCGUUAGUUUUGUACAUUAACUAAAUAAUAUUAUGAAUCCCUGGUGUAAUGAACAUGUGAAAGAUUAAUAUUCUUUCUAAUUGAACACAAAAAAAAAAAACACAGCUAUAAGUAUUUAAGCUCCACACACACACACACACACACACACACACACACACACACACACAUUCACACACACACACACACACACACACACACAACAAUCAACACUAAGAUAAACACUAAGAAAGUGUACAAAAAAAAAAGGAAAAGAACGAAGAAAUAUGUGAGGAAAAACAGUUUUCUUAGCAGAGCAAUUAGCAAAUGGAAUUCAUUGACUGGCGAAGUUGUGUGUGUGUGUGUGUGUGUGUGUGUGUGUGUGUGUGUGUGUGUGUGUGUGUGUGUGUGUGUGUAAGGAUCAUUCAUAACUUUCAUAACUUUAAAGAUAAAUAUGACAAGCUAACUUCAAAGUACCGGACAUUAUGAACUUUACUCAGUUCUGUAAAAAUACAGUUAGGUAAGAACACACACACACACACACACACACACACACACACACACACACACACACACACACACACACACACACACACACACACACACACACCUCGCUGCACCUGUCCGUGGCCCACCGUACGAUAAGUUGCUCACCAUAAGGGAAAGAUAAAACGUGUGGUGAUGCAUUAGCUGUUCACACACCGGCUGUCGCUCUCACUCUCAGUCUCAGCUCGGCUUUUGUCUUCUGAACUGACACAAGUCGUCACGAUUGGUGAGUUUACAAAUAUUAAUUAAAUUAAACUUAAUUAAAAUAAUAUUGAGAUUUCAAGACUAAUACAAAUUAAGAUGCUGCGCUCAUAAUGAUGUAUUAGGUGUAUUACUCCUGUUUCAGUUAUAUUUAUAAAAUAGAUAUUUAAAACAGCUCUAAAAUUACGUACAACUAAUGACAAAUUCAAUUAAUAACAAAAGGAGCAUAAAACAAAAUACAAAAGAGGUCUUUUAUUUCAUAAAUUUUCCCACGCCCAAAGUAAUGAUAACUUAGAUACCUUAAGAAAUCAAAUUCACAAUAACUGUGCCAAAGGAACACAAUACGUAAAGUUCAUGAAAAUUACUGAAAAUGGCAUUCAAAACGAUACAAAAUGUUUGGAACAAAAUAUGAAUAUCUUUUUGUUUAGACGAAAACCAAAAAUAUAGAAAAACUAUUAAAAUGUAAACAUGCAGAUGAGAUUAACUUGAGUGUGUUUGUGUCAGCGUAAGUAUGGAGCGGCAUGCUUCCAAGACAGGUCUCGCCGAGCAGCACUUGUUCACGUGGCUCUGGUUCGGAGGGAUGUCGUUCAGAACCAUUGCAAAGAAGACAAGACGGAGUCCAAGCACGGUGCAGAAAUGGGUGAGGCACCUACUGUGGAAGAACGGUCACAGAAGCAGAUACUACCAGAUGGCGGCGGCCGCUGCUCAUAAAACCUCAUAUUUAGUAAUGGAUGAUAUAUAUUUGCAAAACAGCUUUCAAGAGUUUUUACAUAUGGGGCUGAGUGGUAACUGUGUUUGCGGAUCAAGCAAUAUAGGUUCUUGCACAUGCAAAAACAGUUUUACUUAUUCAAAGUCACUGACACUCUGAAUCAACAUAAGAUGAAAUAAAUAACGAUUUUGUAAU